CGGAAGAGUAUUUUAGUCUAUCUCUGAACGCCCGAUGAUUUAAUUUAAGAAGAAAAGUAGAAUUUUUAACGAAAACGAAACAGUUAUUAUAUAUAUACAUAAAAAAUAUAAAAUCGAAAGCAUAUAAAACGAGCAAUUUUUUAUUUUGUUAAUAUAAAACGAGCUAAAUUUAGCAAUAUACGACGAAUUCUAUAUUGAAAGCGGAAGAAUUGGAUAAGAGGAUAAAGCGCACAUAUUGUAUUCAAGACGAACUUAUAAAAAUUUUAUUACAAUAUUAGCAAUUGUUAUUGCAUAUAAAAAAUAAAAAAAAACUAAUUAGAUUUUUAAUGCAAAAAAAUUUGUGAUAUAUAUUAAUAUAAUCCCAAUUAGUAUAUUUUGAUAAACGUCGAUCUAACUAAGCAAAAUUAAAGUAUUUUAAAACUUCUCAUAUCAGUGAAGAACUAAUUCAAAUAUAAAAUUUGAAGUAAAAAAUAAAAAAAUGUUUUAAAACAAUCUCUUAGUGAAACCAAAGAAUUUCAAUUGAAAUAAACAGUAACUUUAAGAAAAGAAUUUUAAACUCGAACUUACAAGUAAAUAAAAAUAAAUAAGUUUCAUAUAUAAAAAAAAAAGUAAUAAGCAAAACUUCAUAUGACAAAGAACAUGGAGCAACCACAACAACAAGUAAAUACAAAUAAUAAUAGUACACCGCAUGCCAAUGGAAAUAAGAACACCAGCACACAUGGUAGUAAUUUGAACGAUGGCCGCAAAUUUCGAAAAUCUCCUGAUUUCCAGCCCCAAAAUAAUACAAUUCCUGCAGCCAUAACACGCGAACGAAGCUUUGUCCGAACCUCAAAUCAGCAGAAUAUCAAUAAGCGACGUAGCUUAGCUCUUAAUAUUCAACCAAGUGGCAAUCAACAAGGCCAGAUGAGAGGAAAACCAGCAAUGGAUAUAUAUCGACCUCCGAACGUACGCAAUGAAGGUUUGAGCACAACGAACAAGUUGAAUGUUCAUGCUCAGGAAUUUACAAUGAUGACAACGCCGCCGGGAGAUCCAAUAAAUCAUCGUUCAUCAGUAGUCUUUCCGGUAUCUUCAUCGGCUGGAUUAAUACCGCAAUCAAAAUCAUCGGGCAGUUUAAAUCAGCAAGUACAAUUUAUACCUGGAACAAUACUGAAUCGGCGACAAGCGCUCUCACUUGGCGGUAUGACUUUGACUGGUCCUAUAAAUGCAAAAGCUCAUCCUUUGGGACAUCGUCCUAUACUUGUAACACAUUCACAUCCCAUGCAGCUUAGUCAUGGUGUUGCGGUUUCACAAGUGCCAUUGAUUAAUUCUCCAUCAAGUGGUAACAUCUUAAAUCAAACUGCGAAUACAAAUCGUGUAAAAUUUGCAGUAGAACCACAAAAAGUACACAAAACACAAAAUCAUUUGAAGCAUAUGAACAACAUUAAUCACAAUUAUCAUCACCAAGGGAAUCAACAACAGCAGCAUAUGAUUCCCAAUAAUUGUGUAGUUAAUGGAAAUUUGGAUCCAUACGGUGCCAUUAAUAUAAAUCCUUUGCAACGCUCUAAGUCCCUCUCAUCUGCUGAUGCACUCACGCGAGGAAUAGCUGGUUUGGGACUUGCAUUGGGAAAUGAAAUUACUGACAUUGGACAAUUUUCACCCGAAAUACAGACGCUUAUUGACACAGCUUUAGAUGAUCCAAAUAAAUUGAAUUCUCGCUGUCUAAUGGAGCUCACAUCGCAUUUUAUUAAGCGUACAGUUGAGGGAAGGAGGUAUGCUUUGCCGAUUUCAAGAUUAUGCCUUAAUAUUAUAGCUAAGGAACAAAAGGAAACAUUUUUAGAGGCAUUGUUAAAUACGUGCCGACAAUGGUAUCAGGAACGCGAAAAGUUACUCUAUGCGAUCCAAGGUAUGAAGUCACCAUCACGUGUACGUUUCACUGCUUUUAUGGCAUUUCUAACUGAAAUGUUUUGCCAGUUAAAGCGUCGUCAACUACAAUUGCGGACUCAAUGCGAAGGUGCUUCACCUCCACUAGUGCUAUUGACUCUACUUUCGAAAUGCUGCGAGAGUUGCGUCAAACCACCAGUUAGAUCACUAUCUGAGAUUGAAUGCCUCUUCUAUGUGUUAACUUGUAUCGGACAGGACAUGGAAGUACAAUUACCCCAGCAAUUGGAAACUUUAUUGUCACUGGUGCGUGAUGCCUUCUUGAAUUCAAAUGAUUCGGCUCCAUCUAUACGACGUACACUGUUGCAAUUGAUAGAAUUGCAGGCAUCACAUUGGCAAUUAGCUGGUAAUACUGUCUUGUACUAUUAUCCCUCAGCAAAAUAGAUGCCUUCCAACAUCUGCAUCAUUAUAGAUGAGACAAAGAAAAAACGCCUAGUUAACUAUAAUUCAGUGAUGAAUUAUUCUGAGUUUUAAGCUUAGCUUUGAAUAAUUGUCUAUAGACGAAUGAAAAAACGCAAGACAUACAUAUUUAUAUUUAUAUAUUUUUGGCGAUAUAAAUCAUAUACAUAGGUGCAUCAAAUACAUAUUAUGUGAAUGUUAUUAAUUUUACAUUAUUAUUUUUUGUGUGGCUUUGU